AGAAAACAAACCCUAAGAAAAACCCUGCCAGAAAUUUCAGUUUUUGAGAACAAACUGUUUCUUUCUUUGUGAUCGGAAAACAUGGUGGUUGGUCUUAGAGAGUUCACGCUUAGAACCGGAGAUGGCUCCGGAAAACCUGUUCUCGACGAAGCUAACGGUGAGGAACUUAUGCACGUUCAGCCUUCCGUCGCCGUCGUCCUCGGCAAUCGCUCCGUUGAGUCUCCCGGAACUCUCUACAUCACCUCCAGGAAGUUGAUUUGGCUUAGCGAUGUAGACAUGGCAAAAGGUUAUGCCGUCGAUUUCCUAUCAGUAUCGCUUCACGCGGUUUCUAGAGAUCCAGAGGCUUACUCAUCUCCUUGUAUAUAUACUCAGAUUGAAGUUGUAGAAGAUGAGGAUGACGAUGAGUCUGAUACAGAAUCCACCGGAGUUUUGGACUUGUCAAAAAUCAGAGAGAUGAGGCUUGUUCCUUCAGACUCUAGCCAGUUAGAUACGCUAUUUGAUAUAUUCUGCGAGUGUGCUGAGCUCAAUCCAGAACCAAUUGAAGAGGACGAAGAAGAGAGCGGACAUAAUUGGGUGUUUAGCGCUGAUCAGAUGGAUGUUCGUGGAGGAGCGGAAGAUGGAGAGUGGCAAAUAUCUCAGAGUCCAACGAGUGUAAUUGGUCAUUCCAAUGGAGAUGAAGGUCUCACUCAGCCUAUGCUCGAGCUCCAAAUCAAUGAUCAGAGGUUUGACGAUGCUGAAGAGAUGGUUCAUGAAAACGAGGCCAAAGAUCACUAAUUUCUUCGCAAAAUGUACUCCAAAACAAGAGUUGUUUCUUAUGAUAAACAAUGUCGUCUCUUGAAAGGUUAUAUGUGCUUUGCUAAAUAUGCUUUAAGAUCUGUAAUUGAAGUAAUCGCACUUGUGAACAAAAAAAAAAAAGCUCUGCCCCUUUUAAGAGGAUCCCAAAUCAUGUU